AUACGGAGGGAGUAUUGUAUAUAGGUUGGGAGCCGGAUAUUAUGUUAGCAUAUCGUUCCAACAAAGACUCGGACUAUUUUGGCUUCUAUCAUCAAAUGCUAUUGGCCAAUGGAUUAGUUUUACUGGCUUACCGAAGAAAGUCAUCUCAGAAAUCAAACAUACGUCGGUGCUAGUCUCCGCUGCCCCUUUCUCUUGGUCCAACUUACAUGUGAUGUUUCAAGGAAGGUAGGCUAGAAGCCUAGAAGGUGGCCUUUGUGGUUAAUGUGUUGUUUCAUAUCUCUUUCUCUUAUCCUCAGUGAGCUUCAGAGUUUGUUUUUUUUCUGUCCUUGACAUGGCCAUUUUGUUAGAACUGCAGAGUUUCAUACCUACUUCCUGAUCGAAGCAUCUUAUCUCUAGCUGUCCCAUAGAACUGCAUAGCUUCUUAAUUAUAUCUCCACCGCUCAAGCGCAAACAUAGUUUCUCUGCAAGUCUCCGGUGUCUGUUGGUCCUGCUGCUAGAUUUGGUGUUGCCCAUAUAUGUCGGGAACUGCAGCUUGACUUCAUCCUAAGCAGCAGGCGGGAGGAUCUCUUAGCUGUUCUUGUGUAAGUACAAUCAUUGUUCUCCUCAGACUCGCCGCCAACCAAUUUGAUCCCUGUUUAUGAUAAGUUCUGCAAAAACUCUUACUUGCUUCAAGCCUCCUCUGAGGACCGACAGGCUACAGGGUGCACACCAAACCGCAAAAAGAUGGAGGUUGCCAUUGACUCAGCACGCUGGGUGGUUGACAAAGCACUAAGCCCGUUAUCAGGGGGCUUGUUAGAGACAUGGGCAGCAAGUUCUGAGCUUGGCGUGAACAUCGAUGCCAUCAAGAUGGAGCUGCUGUAUGCCAAGGGGAUGCUUGAGAAUGCACAAGGCAGGGAGAUCCGCAGCCAGGCGCUAAAGGAGUUGCUGUAGAAGCUACAACAGCUAGCGUUUGAUGCCGAUGAUGUUCUGGAUGAACUGGACUACUUCCGCAUCCAUGAUGAGCUCAAAGGCACCUAUGAGGCAGCUGAUGUGGAUGAUGCAAGUUGCUUCCGUGGAAUCCUUGUCAAUUCUCGCCACACUGCUAAAGCUGUGGGUAAAUCGCUCUCGUGCUUUCAUACUGAUGCUUACCAUGGUGACCCAGAUAACCCAAGAACUGAAGCAAGGCAGCAUGUCCACAUGCUUAAAGCACUGCGGUGCGUGUUGUUGCAGUCCAAAUCCAGGGCGCGAUCGUGCAAAUGAAGCACCAAUGCAUAAGUUUGACAGGGUGGGAAUAUCAACAAGGAUGAAGCAUAUCACGGAACAACUACAACCCAUAUGUGCUAAGGUCUCCGUCAUUCUUAACAUGGAGAUGCUGGGUAGUAAAAGCAAUACUCAGGACAGUACUACGAGCCAGCGAAUAACCAUCUCAGAAAGUGUUGAUCCUAAGUUAUAUGGACGGAACAAGAUGAAGGAUAAAAUUAUACGUGAUAUAACAAACGGUAUAUACGCUGAACAGGACCUCUCUGUCUUGUCACUAUUUGGUCCAGGUGGCAUUGGGAAAACAACACUCGUGCAAUACAUAUACAACAACCAAGAAGUGCAUAGCCAUUUCCAAGCAACGAUUUGGGUAUGUGUGUCCUUCAAUUUCAAUGUUUCAAUGCUGAUACAACAAAUUAAGGAUCAAAUCCCUGAAGUUGAUGGUGAAAAUGGAACUGCUGAAGACCAUAUUGAACAAAGAUUGAAAUCUAAAAGAUUUUUGCUGAUCCUGGAUGACAUGUGGAAAUGUGAUGGUGAGGAUAUGUGGAAAAGGCUGUUAGUUCCUUUUAGAAAAAGCCAAGCUAAAGGUAAUGUGGUUAUAGUUACGACUCGAUUUCCUGCUUUAGCUGAAAUGGUUAAUACAAUGGACCACCCAAUAGAGUUGGAACGUUUAGAACAAGAGGAGUUUAUGCAAUUGUUUGAAGCAUGUGUUUUUGGUGAGGCAAAAGCACUGUCACGCCCGGAAUUUCUAUCCAAAAUUCCAAACGCUUACAUAUGUGUGAACCCUCGUCCAGAAAUCAGCCGAGGCUCACAAUAACAAAUUGAUAAUA